CGUCAUCGUCAGUGUUACGGGAUUUGUCGUGUGUAUCGUAGAAUAUAGUAUAUAUUUUGCUUUUAUUACUAUAUUUUGCUAACUGUUGCAUCAAACAUUCCAAGUACAAAUUAAUAUUUAAAAAAUGGCAGAUAAUAAAAGCACCUCAUCAUCUGAUAGUACACCUCAUCUCGAAGUGAUUAAUCGCGUAAAAAGCAUUCCUGUUAUUCAUUCAGCCAUAGAAAAAACGGGAUCGACAUAUUCUUAUCUCAAAGAUUCGCAUCAUUUAAUCAAUUGGGCAUUAACUCAAGCCGAAGCUGGAUUACAUUAUGCAACUGCCACAGCUGCUCCUCUUACUGCACCUUUAGCUAAAAAGUUCGAGGAACAAAUCACUGCUGUAGAUCAAAAAUUAUGUGAAGGGUUAAAUAUGGUCGAACAAAAAGUGCCAAUCAUGACACAACCACCUCAAAAGAUUUAUGAUGCAGCCAAAGCAGUAAUGAGCAGUUCCUUGCAGCCAACAAUUGACAAAUUACACGCUGCAAAAGAGUCAGCUACGCAACAAGCAUCAACUCUUAAAGAAAUCAGUAUGGCAAAGGCUAAUGAAUUGUUAAAUACACAAUAUGGUAAUAUGGCAGUACAAAGUGUUGAUAAUAGUAGCGUUCUCAUUAACGGUUUAUUGGAUCGUUAUUUCCCACCAAUAGAAGGAGAAGAAAACAUGCCAGCUCCAGUAUCUGCUGAUGAGAACAAAAUUUUGCAUGCUGUACAAACUAUUGGACAAUUAUCCACGAAAACCGCUAAUCGAGUAUACCAUUCGGUCGUAGCACAAUUAAAAACAGUGAAAAAAGAGGAUGUUGCGUCAUAUAUGUCAAGCGUUAUAUCUAUUCUUCAUCUAACACACUUUUUAAGUUUGAACGAUAAACAAAUCAAUACUAAAGAUGCAACUGAAGAAAAUACAGAAAAAAAAUAAAUACGAAUCUUACUAGUAAUUUUACAAUAAUGCACCUCUCGUGGAAUAAAUAAUUGUAAAAUAAAUUUCAUUAUUUUGUCAAUUAACAAUCAGCAUGAAAAGUGAGAAUUAAUAUUUGGAUAUUUAAUUUACUAUACAUAAUAUCAAUUAUGUAUUGGAGGUAUUAUUUAUCAAUGUAAAUGUAAAUUUUUUAUAUUUUUAGUUAAAUU